CUUCACGACAACAAACACCACCUCCUGCUUUGCGCCACCGGCUCCGUCGCAACGAUCAAACUCCCACUCAUAAUCACCACCCUCCUCACCCGCCAUACUUCCUCCUCCCUCUCCAUCCGAAUCCUCCUCACUCCCUCCGCAGCCCAAUUCCUCCAAUCCCAAUCCCCCGAACAGCCCUCCCUGUCCGCCCUCGCCGCGAUCCCCGGUGUCGACGGAAUCUACCUCGACGCCGACGAAUGGCGGCGCCCAUGGACCCGCGGGGCGAGCAUCCUGCACAUCGAACUCCGCCGCUGGGCGGAUCUCAUGGUCAUCGCGCCUCUGUCCGCGAAUAGCCUCGCGAAGGUCGCGGGCGGGAUGGCGGAGGGAUUGGUGGCGAGUGUGGUGCGCGCGUGGGAUUCAACGGGUGAGAUUGAUGGGCCGAGGGAACUUAGAAUUGUGGUUGCGCCGGCGAUGAAUACGGCUAUGUGGGAGCAUCCGGUGACGAGGAAGCAUUUGGCGGUCUUGGAGGGGGAGUGGGGAGUCGCGAACGGAGGGUGGAUUGAGGUCCUCAGGCCGGUGGAAAAGACGUUGGCGUGUGGGGAUACGGGGAGUGGAGCAAUGAGAGAGUGGAAGCAGAUCGUUGAUGUGAUUGAACAGCGAUUGGGAUUG